GUCUCACAGACACAAAGAAAAAGACAGAAAAAGUGAGCAAAUUGCUCAAUAGAAAGAAGAGAUUUUUAAGCUUGUUUCUUUCAUCGCCGUGGGGAUAUGGCUUUGAACUCCAUAGCUUCAAGGCCCACAUCUUCUUUGCUAUCAAGAAAAUUGAGGAAUUCUAAUGGAAACGAUUCAGCUCUAGAUCAUUUGGCCAAAUCUCUUUCUUUCUUCAAUCCCACUCCACUUUUCUCUAACAUUUCUUUCAGGAAUGCUUCACCAUCACCACUUUUGUCUGCCUCGGUCAGGGCUUCCUCUUCAUCAACUUCUCCUUCAGCCACUGUUGCUAACUCCCAAGAACUCAAGAUUAAGAGUGUGCCAACGCAGCCAAUUGAGGGGCAGAAGACUGGCACAAGUGGUCUUCGGAAAAAGGUGAAAGAGUUUAUGCGAGAAAAUUAUCUUGCCAACUGGAUUCAGGCACUAUUUGAUUCAUUGCCACCAGAGGAUUACAAAAAUGGAGUCUUGGUUUUGGGUGGUGAUGGUAGAUACUUUAACAAGGAGGCCGCACAGAUAAUCAUCAAAAUUGCUGCUGGCAAUGGUGUUGGAAAAAUCUUGGUUGGCAGGGAUGGUAUACUAUCCACACCAGCUGUAUCUGCUGUAAUAAGGAAGAGAGAGGCCAAUGGUGGAUUUAUAAUGAGUGCAAGCCACAACCCUGGUGGUCCUGAAUAUGAUUGGGGUAUCAAGUUCAAUUACAGCAGUGGCCAACCUGCACCUGAAUCGAUUACUGAUAAGAUCUACGGAAACACUCUUUCUAUCUCUGAAAUAAAAGUAGCCGACAUUCCCGACAUUAAUCUCUCACAGCUUGGUGUAACAAACUGUGGACCUUUUAGUGUAGAGGUAGUCGAUCCAGUAGCUGACUAUUUGGAGCUUUUGGAGCAAGUAUUUGAUUUUUCACUUAUCAGGAGCCUUAUAUCACGGUCAGAUUUCAGGUUCACAUUUGAUGCUAUGCAUGCCGUCACGGGUGCUUAUGCCAAACCAAUUUUUGUGGACAAACUGGGAGCUAGCAUUGAUUCCAUUUUAAACGGGGUGCCUCUAGAAGAUUUUGGACAUGGCCAUCCAGAUCCUAAUCUCACAUAUGCCAAGGAAUUGGUUGACAUAAUGUAUGCGGAACAUGGUCCCGAUUUUGGCGCUGCAAGUGAUGGAGAUGGUGACAGAAACAUGAUUCUUGGAAGCAGAUUUUUCGUGACUCCUUCCGAUUCUGUUGCUAUUAUUGCUGCCAACGCAGAAAAGGCCAUUCCAUACUUCAAAACUGGCCCAAAGGGUUUGGCUCGAUCCAUGCCGACCAGUGGUGCUCUGGAUCGUGUAGCAGAGAAGUUAAAACUUCCAUUCUAUGAGGUUCCCACUGGUUGGAAGUUUUUCGGAAACCUAAUGGAUGCAGGGAAAUUGUCAAUCUGUGGAGAAGAAAGUUUUGGAACUGGUUCCGACCACAUCCGAGAGAAAGAUGGUAUCUGGGCUGUUUUAGCUUGGUUGUCAAUAAUUGCUUUUAGAAAUAAGGACAAGAAACCAGGGGAGAAGUUGGUUUCUGUGUCGGAUGUUGUUUCUGAGCAUUGGGCGACUUAUGGGAGGAACUUCUUCUCUCGAUAUGACUACGAGGAAUGUGAGUCUGAAGGGGCUAAUAAAAUGAUAGAUUAUCUUAGAGACUUAAUUUCCAAAGGCAAAACCGGUGAUGCAUAUGGAGACUACAAACUGCAGUUUGCAGAUGACUUCACCUACACUGAUCCUGUAGAUGCCAGCGUAGUUACCAAGCAAGGUGUCCGUUUUGUGUUCACUGAUGGAUCCAGGAUUAUAUUUAGGCUAUCGGGUACCGGGUCUGCUGGUGCAACUGUUCGUAUAUAUAUCGAACAAUUUGAGCCAGAUGCAUCUAAACACGACGUGGAUGCACAAAUAGCAUUGAAGCCAUUGAUAGAUCUGGCUUUAUCUACUUCAAAGCUGAAGGAGUUCACCGGAAGGGAGGAGCCAACAGUCAUCACUUGAGGUUGAGCAUUCAUCCUCCUGAAUGCUUGAUUUAUACAUUCGUUUGUUUAGUUUGUUUUUUUUGUUCUACUAUAAAUAAUAAGCAUCCUUGUGUAGACAUGUUGAUGUAAAACCAUAUUUCUCUUAGCAUAGAUAUUCAAAUCAUAAUUUAUUUUA